UCAAAAACAUCAUAAAUCUAAGGCUUGACAAAUUAAUGAACAAUACCUACACACAUAUACCUACCUACUGUUUCAUCAUCGACCUUCACGAAGGUUCUUCUUAUAUCUACCAAUAUAUGGAAUAUACUCAUUUUGAUUCAGUUGUGCUCCGUAAAGAAAGAACUUCUGCCCUACCUACCGCCUAUCGUCAAAACAAAAAGUUGUGGACACCCCGCGCUUCCAAGCAUAAAUAAAGUGUAGCCCAUACAUACCCAUACCCUUAACCUUACCCCUACGUGAGAAGGACGUGUGCAAAAGCGUGUGCAGACGUGUAAAUCGAGAAGCUAAAAGGCAUAAAAAUCACAACAGAUUACAUAUCUACGCCAGAAAAAAGAAGGAAAAAAGAAAAAAAAAGAUCAUUAUCACAUAUCGGAGACAAGAAACGAACUUUAACAUUUCGCUUGCCAGGCGCAUGCUUCGCCUCGGAAGAAGUCAACAUCAUUUUCGCAUUCAACUUCAUGUAUCGCAUACAAUAAUUCAACAUGAGCCAACUUCUGACGUCGCGGCAGGCCGAGGAGCUGUGAGUUGAUCUUAUCUUCAUCACAUUCUCUAGAUGGCUAAUAUUACUCCGCAGGCACAAGUCCAUGAUAGCAUACCUUAACUCAGCGAACCUUCUACACAGUGCCGCGACGUUACGAGAAGAACUUGAUAUCGGUGAAGGCUUCGAUUCUGCCACGAGUAAGAAAUAUGAAGGUUUACUGGAGAAGAAAUGGACAAGUGUGGUGCGGUUACAAAAGAAGGUGGGGAUACGUGAUACCAAGCUCAGCAAGAGUUCUUUACUGAUUAUGGGGAAAUAGAUAAUGGAUCUUGAAUCGAGAAACGCGGCUUUACAAAGUGAAAUCGACAAUGCUACCCCUACGUCUUUAUCAAACCGAAAUACCGAUCCUACAGCUUGGCUACCAAAAUCACCAGCGAGGCAUAACCUUCAAUCGCACAGGGAAGCAAUUACAUGUGUAGCGUUUCAUCCAGUAUUUUCAUCAUUGGCAUCAGGUUCGGAGGAUUGCACAAUCAAAAUUUGGGAUUGGGAGCUUGGAGAAUUAGAACUCACUGUCAAAGGACACACAAGAGCGGUAUUGGAUGUUGAUUUUGGUGGCCCUAGAGGAGGAACAUUGCUGGCAUCAUGCUCCAGUGAUCUUACCAUCAAAUUAUGGGAUCCAAGCGAUCAGUAUAAAAAUAUCCGCACAUUGCCUGGACACGAUCAUUCCGUUUCAGCCGUACGAUUCAUACCUAGUGGAGCAGCUGGAUCACCUUCAUCAGGAAACCUUUUGGUAUCAGCAAGUCGAGACAAAACUCUACGGAUAUGGGAUGUUUCUACAGGAUAUUGUGUCAAAACCGUUCGAGGACAUGCGGAUUGGGUUCGUGAUGUAGCACCUUCUUAUGAUGGUCGAUGGCUUUUAUCCGCUGGAGUGGAUCAGACUGCAAGAAUUUGGGAUGCUUCAACAGGAGAACCAAAGGCAACUUUGUUAGGUCAUGAGAAUACGAUCGAAUGUUGUGUAUUUGCACCACCGGCAAGUUACCCUCAUCUCGCCGCAAUGGCAGGAUUAAAGAAACCACCUGCAGCCAGCAGUUCUGCCGAAUAUAUCGCUACGGGAGCUCGAGACAAGAGUAUUCGAAUAUGGGAUGCUCGUGGUACAUUGAUCAAAACACUAAUUGGUCAUGACAAUUGGAUUAGAGCUCUGGUUUUCCAUCCUGGUGGAAAAUACUUGCUAAGUGUAGCAGAUGAUAGAACAUUGAGGUGUUGGGAUCUUGCUCAGGAAGGAAAAUGUGUAAAGACGAUAAGUGAUGCGCAUGGACAUUUCGUUAGUUGUAUGAGAUGGGCUCCAAGUGUUAUUAAGGAUGCUCCUCUCCUGAAUGGGGAAAAUGGAGUAGGAACUCCAAUCAAGAAUGGGAAUGGGGCUGCAAAGAAGGAGGAUGCAAAAGUAAGCAUCAGGUGUGUUAUUGCGACGGGAUGUGUGGACCAAGUUGUUCGAGUGUUCGCAUCAUGACCACAUGUAGAGCAUGUGCUAUCAAUAGGAGAAUCAUCAAGAGAGUCCUUUGAUAUCGGAGCAGGAGUUGAUGGAGUUCGCUCAUACCAGAAGAAUAAAUUCCUUGCUCCGACUUGGCUAUUGAAGGAAUAUUUCACGAACUUUAUGCUUAAAAUAUGUAUAUUGAGGAGCCGCGUUGGCUUCUCUCAAUUACAAUUCCAUUUAAUAUAAAGAAUAAAUAGCUUCAAAACAGAGAACC